CGCCCGGGCCGGCGAGGGCCGCGAGCAGGAGGCGAGGAGGAAGGCGGCCUCGCGGGGGGCCCGGCCAUGGCGCUCGACUUCCUGGCUGGAUGCGCGGGGGGUGUGGCAGGCGUGCUUGUGGGACACCCAUUUGACACGGUCAAGUGGAAGCCAGGUGGCCCUUGGGCAAGGAAAGGACUCAGGACCUCAGGGCUGGGGUUUCCUCCAGCGCAGGCCCGGGGGCCGGGCUUUAUGCGUUGGCUCUGACCUGUAAAAGUUAAACAAUUCUCAUUAGAAGAAAAUUGGGAAAUGUAGAAAAGCAUAUUAUUCGUUAACUGACAAAUCAGUUUUCCCAUUCUGUACACUUCCUUCAGAAUCCUCCCUAUGCCAUCAUGCCUGCCAUGGGUAUGUAUUAUUUUUAAUGCGUGUGCGUGUAUUUUAAAGAUUUUAUUUAUUUAUUUGAGAGAGAGACCAUGAGAGAGAAGUCCCAAGCAGUGGGGGGUGGGGAGAUAGAGGGAGAAGCAGACUCCCCGCUGAGCAGGGAGCCCGACACAGGACUCGAUCCCAGAACCCCGGGACCAUGACCCGAGCCAAAGGCAGAGGCUUAACCAACUGAGCGACCCAGGUGCCCUAAAAUGUGAUUUAAUCAUCAGGUGCAUUCAGUUUUUGGUUGGCCUUUUUUUUUUUUUUUUUUAAGAUUUUAUAUAUUUAUUCAUGAGAGACACACAGAGAGAGGCAGAGACACAGGCAGAGGGAGAAGCAGGCUCCAUGCCGGGAGCCCGACGCGGGACUCGAUCCCAGGACCCCAGGAUCAUGCCCUGAGCUGAAGGCAGAUGCUCAGCCGCUGAGCCACCCAGGCGUCCCUGUUGGUUGGCUUUCUAUUACAAAGAAAUGUAGUUUGUAAAGACAUUUUGUUUACCAUUAUAGAAACAUAUAAACUAAAAAGGAAGAAAAAGAGGUGUCUGGGUGGCUCAGUUGGUUAAGCACCUGCCUUCUGCUCAGAUCCUGGGUCCUGGGUUCGAAUCCUGCAUGGGGCUUCCUGCUCAGCAGAGGAGCCUGCUCCUCCCUCUCCCUCUGCUUUAUUCUGUCUUCUCUCUCAAAUAAAUAAAUAAAAUCUUUAAUAAAUAAAUAAACAAGUAGGAAAAAAAAAACCCUAUCCUCCAUAUGUCCCCUUUCCUAACCCUCAUUAGUGAUUUCUGCUGAAAACCAGAAAUCUACACAGACCCAUAUAUAUUCCUCGCUUUUGGCAAAAGUGGGAUUUACUUCAAUAGCUCUGUUAGUGUUGUUUUAACUGAAAUUUGCCACAUGUAGAAAAGUGCACACACGCCCACUGUCGAGAUCUCUGAAUCCUCAGGAAGCUCACGCCUGGGGAGAGCAAAACAAGGUCAGCCCCUCCAGGAGCCCCCCGGUCCCCCUUCUACGGCACUGGACAGGACGGUCAUCAGGGACAUGGGGUCUCCACCCGCUGUCACCGGGGAGUGGCCAUCCCAGGGCAGGGGAGGGGAUGGGGGGUCGGGGGCUGGCCCUGGGGGCUCCGCGCCUGGAUGCGAUGUUGACAUUUUGUGUUGCUUUAACCGCCUUUACUUUCUGAGCUAGGGGCUGUCUCCAUCCAUAGCAAAAGUGUAACUUUGUUGUAGAUGAGCGUAAGCCUCACCCUGGAGAGCGCUAGUAAGUACAGACCAGGGGAACCCACCCUUCUCUGUCCUCUCUGAACCAGACCCUGGGCCGAACCGCACCCCGCCACACCCCUCCUCCUCCCACCCCACCCAGCGCCCUCCCUGACUAGCAGGGGGCAGGGAGGCCUCGAGGUGAGCUUGGGCCUGGCACAUCCUGGGGCGGGGACGCAGGUGGGGCUGAUGGAGAAAAAUCAGCCCCCUCUGGAUCAGAGGGUCCUCACGUUGGGGUCGCUCGUCCCCAUGGAGAGCCAGGAGCCGUCUGGGCCUGUGUGCAAAUGACCACUUUUCCAGGGGCAGGUUCGCCAAUCCUCAACCGAGAUGUUAACCUCAACUCUAGAUUGGGCCCCACUUCACCCCCAUACCUAGUCCCCCAAACUCCAGCCAGCGAGUGCUCAUCCCUGGUCUAGGGGUCUGUAACAAAGGGGGAACGGGGCCUCUUCCCUGCUCCCUGUGGGGCCCAAGCUGGCACCAACCUGGACAUGAGCACAUCCCACCUGCAAAGACUUAGAGCCGCCCUCCAGGUGCCUGAAAAUCCAACCCAAGCACCAGCCAGCUCUGUCUGCCUCCAGGGCCCAGGUGGUGUCAGUGCACGACAAAGAGCAAUGUCCCACCAGGGACCCCAGAACACGAAUGAAAAACCCCACAUUGCAAAAGCAACCUGAGCAGAGCUCAAGAGGUUAAUAGGUCAUUAAAGUGCAGCAAGUGCUUUUGCUUUUCUCUGAAAAUUCACCCCUCCCCGGCCAGGCCCUGCAGAGCCGGGCAGCCAGGGUGGGAAGGGGUGCCGGGGUGAUCUGCUGCAGGGGGCUCUCGGUUGCCAGCCGCUUCUCUGAGCAGUGGCUGCCAACUGCAGAGGUCCUCGUGUGCAGAGAUGGUCCUUUUUUUGUUCCUUGAAAAACAUACUCUUGGAAGUGCAUGUGGCCGUCGAAGGUCCACUGGAGGGCUCUGGCCAGCCAGCACCCCACCCCACCCCACCCCACCCCACCCUGGCCCCGACCAACACAGCCGAGCCACUCACACUGCUGGAGAGGACACACAGCCUCAGCUGACUUGCAGGACAUCUCUGAGCCUCAGUGUUCCCAUCUUUGAAGGGGGGGGGGUCACUACACCCACCUCGGCUGGUCGUUCCAGUCUUAGGCCCUCUGGUGCUGCCGGGCACAGAGGGGUGUUCAUGCCAUGGCCCUGGUGGUGGCAGUGAUUUCUGAGUCAGCUCCUGAGAACAUGACUUGCCCUAAGCUCACCCUCCCACCCCCAUGACCUGGAUUCUGAGUUCAAGAAAUGUGCUCCCGCUCCCUCCUGCGGGGCCUGCGUAUCAAGCUCCGAGAUAAGCUCCCGGUCAACAAAGAGUACUUUCACGUUAAGAGGUUCUGGGCUACGGGGCUCCAAGGGCGGCGGGGCUGGAGCUCCCAGGUCCCGGAGGCAGGUGGGGACAUGGUCACCAAGGAGGCUCUCCGCUGUUCUCCCGUCCCUGCUUUAACUCACGACCACUGUCCUCAGAGGGGGCUACUGGCAGAAAUCAGCAGGCCCUCAGAGUCCAAGGCUCAUUGCUUUUAACACCCAAGGGGGCACCGUCAGGCCCCUGAGGAGGAGAGUUGGGUGAUGGGAAUUCGGUGAGGAGCCCCUUUGGCAUCGGCCAUGGUUUGCCACCAGGGCAGUGGGCAGGUCUGGGGAAACGCUUCAUGUCCCACCGUCUGCGCAUGGUGCAGACAUAAUGCAACAAGAGGCUCAGCCUCCAGUUGCCUCUGGUUGCCUGAGAUCUUGGGGACCCUGUACCCCCUAUGCAGCUGGCUGUCUCUGUGGCUGUUUCCCCACUGGAUACCCUCCCCCCUGAGCAAGCACGGACACCCGGCCCUGCCCCAUCCUGGUAGCCAUGGAAAGCUCCUGGGCUCCCCGCCUCCAGCAGGGUCCGGCCUUGGGCCUCCCCGAGAGAGCCUCCGUGGGCUGUCCUGAGGGCUGGGUCAAGGGAGCGGGGAGCUGUGGCCUGGCUUGCCCACCCUCCCGGACCCUGUCCUUCCAGGUGCGGCUGCAGGUGCAGAGCGCGGAGAAGCCUCAGUACCGGGGGACCCUGCACUGCUUCCAGUCCAUCAUCAAGCAGGAGAGCGUGCUGGGCCUGUACAAGGGCCUGGGCUCGCCGCUCCUGGGGCUCACGUUCAUCAACGCGCUGGUGUUCGGCGUGCAGGGCAACACCCUGCGGGCGCUGGGCCGCGACUCGCCGCUGAACCAGUUCGUGGCGGGCGCGGCGGCGGGCGCCAUCCAGUGCGUCAUCUGCUGCCCCAUGGAGCUGGCCAAGACGCGGCUGCAGCUGCAGGACGCGGGCGCGGCGCGCGCCUACCGGGGCUCGCUGCACUGCCUGGCGCACAUCUACCGGCGCGAGGGCCUGCGCGGCGUGAACCGGGGCAUGGCCUCCACGCUGCUGCGCGAGACCCCCAGCUUCGGCGUCUACUUCUUGUCCUACGACGUGCUCACGCGCGCGCUCGGCUGCGAGCCCGGCGCCCCGCUGCUGGUGCCCAAGCUGCUGCUGGCGGGCGGCACGUCGGGCAUCCUGUCCUGGCUGUCCACCUACCCCGUGGACGUGGUCAAGUCGCGGCUGCAGGCCGACGGGCUCCGCGGCGCCCCGCGCUACGGCGGCAUCGCGGACUGCGCGCGCCAGAGCUACCGCGCCGAGGGCUGGCGCGUGUUCACCCGCGGGCUGGCCUCCACGCUGCUGCGCGCCUUCCCCGUCAACGCCGCCACCUUCGCCACCGUCACCGUGGUGCUCAGCUACGCGCGCGGCCCCGAGGGCGCCCCGGCGGCGCGCGGCCUGGCCCAGCCCUCCAGCCUGUGACGAGCCCGAGCCCGGCCCCAGCGCGCGACCCCCGACCGGCCCUCCCCGCACAGCUGAGCCCGCGGCGCCCGGGGACGGUCACCACGGAGUGACGUCCGUGGACAGCGGCUGCGGAUCCUCCUGCGCCUGCCGCAGCCGCGGGGCGCAUCUCGGCCACCUGUUAGGUCUCCGUGUUGGGGAGCCCCCUGGUGCCCCAGAGCCGGAUGCUCUGCCCACGCACCUGCUGCCGCCGCUCCCACUGGAGCGGGACCUGGGGGACCCUCGAAGAGGCUUGGGACCUCCGGGCAGCCCCGAGUUAGCCUAGGGGCCGGGCCGGGUGACCAGGCACGGGCCAGUGGGAGGGCGGCUUGUCGCCCGCCAGUCCUCAGGCUGCCUGUCUGUAAAAUGGGGACAUGGGUCAGCCACUGUGUGGAGCCAGGGCUCCCUAAGGUGCGCAGAGAAGUCAGCAAGGAGAUGGGUACAGGAGGAUCCCCACGCCCCAGCAAAUGAUGUCUGUCCCCCGGAGUCUCCUCAUGCUCGGUGUUCCCAUGAUGCCAUGACGUGGGGCGGGUGGGGUGGGGGGCCUGAUGGCGGACACAGGCGCGGCCUGCACUCCUGGGACUGAGCCGGGGGCAGCCCGGGCACAGCCGUCCAGUACAGGGCGGCCGUGCGUUUGCACAAGGAGGCAUAUGGUUUUGCACAUGUUGGAGGAGCCUCUGGUCUCCUUUGCCCUGAUUGGGGUUCAGCCUCUUGGGCAACGUGAUACGCUCUCCCAGGGGGUCAAGAAAGACCAGACUCCCUCCCUCUUCACGUGGUGUCACUGUUGUAUAGAAACUGCUGAAGGAAUAAAAUAUUCUUUGUUUUCUUAA